AGACGAGCCAGAGCAGAGCUGUCCCAGAGCGGACUCGUUCUCCAGCAACAGCCGCUUCGCCACAAACCAUCACAGCCUGCACUCAGUCAGCCGCCAUGGAGCCCAGCAACUCCUCCUAUGGAAACCCAGAUCCAGGCCAGUCCUCAAACCCCACAGAGCGGUCUCUGGAGAUGAUGGUCUAUGUUCUCAGCGGGGUCCUCUGCCUCCUGGUCCUGGUCUUCCUCCUGCUGGGAUCGAUGUGUCUCAGAAAGUACCGGCUCAUGGCUCGGACCCUCCGGCAGCUGAGCAGGACCAGGCUGGUACCCCAGAUGGGAGCUGACUCCAUGCCUGAGUCAGCAGACCCACAGCAGAAGGAGGAGGAGGAGGAGGAAAGACCUGCUCUUCCUCCUGCUGCCAUUCCUCUGCAGCCCAGCAGCACCGUCAGACCCCCCUCCAAGAGACUGUGGAAAGGCCUGCAUCCAGCUCCUCGAUUCACCAAGUCUGACCUGAACCUGCUGCAGCUCAUCAAAGCAGGGAAGGAGGGCGUGUUCUACCACGCCCGGCUGACCCGCGGCACCUGCAAAGGCCACAGCACCUUCACCUGCAAGAUCAGCAAGGAGGGUGUUCGUUUGAAGCACGUGGAGGCCGAGGUUUCAAUCAUGAGGAAACUCGUGCACCAUAAGAACAUCCUGCAGCUGUUAGACUGGAACACCUCCGAGGAGCCCUACAUUCUCAUCAUGGAGUACGUGGGCUACGGCACACUGCGGACCUUCCUGCAGACCAACAGAGACCACCUGAGCGCAGACCCCGAGCUGCAGAGCCUGCUCACCAUCGCCUCCUACCACAUCGCUCUGGCCAUGCAGCACCUGCGCUCCAAAAUGAUUAUCCACUGUGACCUGGCUCUGAGGAAUAUUAUGGUCAACAAGUUUCCCUGGGAGGUGAAGGUUGCAGAGUUCGGCCUCGCCAGAGACUUAACCAGCAUGACCAGUCGCCACAGCACCCGCUGGAGAAACCCACGGCAGCGGGUGCCCCUGCGCUGGUACCCCCCUGAGUACUUCAAGAACAACUACUACAGCUUCAUGGGGGACGUGUGGGCCUUCGGCAUCGUGCUGUGGGAGAUGCAGACCUUCGGGACGCUGCCGUACCCCAACCUGGAGACUUCAGAGGAGGUGGUCUACCACAUCUGUCUGGGCCACAAGAACACCAACCCUGAAGGCUGCAGACCAGAAAUGCUCCACAUCAUGAGGGACUGCUGGGAGGAGCCGUACACCCUGAGGCCGUCCUUCACCAACAUCGUGUGCAUGCUGGAGGACAUCCUGGAGAACGACUCCGACUAUGUGGACGUGGGCAGUCCUCUGAAUGUGGUGAAAGCUGAGGAUGAUUAUCAGGAGGACAAAAGUGUCCGAAGUCCCGCUGCCACACUGAAAGAGGAGAAUCAGGCUGCGUUUCAGUGAAGAGGGAAGAGACUCUGAAACAUCGUUUCAUACCAUGAUUGUUCUGCACUUUUUAGUUACUUUCAUUACUGGAGACU